AUGCCUCGUCCGACAACAGACAGGGUCAUCCACGACUACACCGCAAAGAUCCUCCCCACGACAAUGAUCCUCACCCUCGUCAUCUUCACUGUCGUUGUCUUGGUCUACAGCAUCGGCGAAAAGGCCGCCGUGCCCCGGGACGCCGCCGUUGCCUUUGCCGGCAUCGUCUUUGGUGUCUCGGGGCUGUGGCUGUUGGGACACCUCGUCAUGUACUGCCGCGGCGCGCAGGCUGUCACGCCCCCGCCUCUGGCUAUGCCUCUUCCUCUGACGGGGAUCGCGACUGGGGUCGGGGCAACGACGAUGGCUAUGCCACAGGCGCAGGUUCCGCAGGCGGCUGUUGAUGUGGUGGUGCCCCCCGCGGUCCAUCUUCAUCAGCCGCAGCAGCAGCAGCAUCAACGGAGUAUCAGCCGCCGCAAGGUUUUCCCCCGCAACUUCAACUUCACUCACAACCGCAGGAUCAGUCUUACCGGCAGGUACUAUCACCACAGCAAGAACAGCAGAACCGGCAACACGGGGAUCGGCAGCGAGGUCAACAAGCAGAAGCCCAAGCCCCAGUGCAAUACAAGCAGGAGGAACAGAGAAAGCAAGAGUCCCAUCAAAGACUAA